AUGUUUUGUCUACAGUGGAUUUUGCCGCUGCUGUUUCUGCCCAAACCGACUAAUCCGGCUGCACAUUUGCAUCAUGUGAUCUACGUGUUGUUGUUUCUCAUCUGUUUUUUCCUCGAACGCAAGCCGUGCGGUGUUUGUGCGGUCAUCUUGUUCGCGUUCCUCGUCCUGCCCUGUUCUAGCUCGUUGGAUAAGUUGUGUUUGUUUACGAACUGUGUAAUGGGUAAUAGUCCGCUCAGUUGA